UUCAAUUUUAAAUCAUUCGAAAACCACAAUGGAUUCUCAAAAAGAUUUCAACUUGGGAGACUCAUCAAAAGGAGAAAAAGAAGGAAUGCAGCCUUCGACAGGCAAUAAUCAAUUCGAGCCAUUUGAGUUUUUGAAGAAAAUGAUUCAACCUGGAAGAGUGAUGAAACGAUCAAAGAACAAUUUAUCUUCAAAUGAAGUCUGGUCGGUCUGUCGAGCAGUUAUUGAUGAGUUUAAAAAAGAACAAAAUCUGAUGGAAGUCAGUGCUCCAGUUACUGUGAUUGGAGAUGUUCAUGGUAAUUUUCACGAUUUAUAUCGAGCUUUGUUGGCAAGAACUGAACAGGAUAUCACUGAUGAGCAGAAGUCAAAUUUUAGUACAAGACAGUUUGUCAGAGACAAAUAUGUUUUUCUUGGAAAUUAUAUUGACAAAGGUCCUCGAUCGAUUGAAUGCAUUUGUCUUCUUUUUGCUUUCAAGAUCUGCUUUCCUCAGAAAUACAUUCUUCUCCGUGGACCUCAUGAGUGUCCUUCUGUUAAUAGUAGUGAAUUUCUGGGUGUCAUGGAAACGUUCUCACCAAAUCACUUCAAGAAGAUUCAUAAAAAAUUCAACGAAGCGUUUUCUUGGAUGCCAUUGGCGGCGGUUGUUGGCCAGAAAAUAUUGUGUGUUCAUGGAGGAAUUUCUCCUCGUUUGACUUCAUGGGAAGAUAUUAGAAAGAUAAAACGACCACUUAAGGAUGCCACUGAGGAUCCAUUGGCAACCGACCUGCUUUUCGCCGAUACUUUGGAUUUUGAUCUUAUUCAUAUUCCCACAAGAAAACCAAAAUAUGAAUUCAACGUGAUUCGAAAUAUGUCUGUCAUGUACAAUGAAGCUGCUGUGACACAAUUUUGCGAGAAAUUCAAUUUAAAAUUAAUUAUAAGAAGUCAUAUGAAAGUACCAUUUGGGUAUCGAUUCUUUUCUGAGAAACGAUUGAUUACUAUAUUCAAUUCUACUGGAUUUCAAAAUGAAUCGAAUUACGGAGCAGUGCUCAAAAUUGACGGGAACGCUAAAAUUACAAUCAUCAGUUUGUUGCCACAGCAGUCAAAAGCAGAAGUUCAAGAGAAAGCACAUCAUUCCGAUAUGACUUCUGAGUGUAACACUAUGUCAAGUAAAGGUCCAUGAAGUUUUGAUUGUAUUUUUACUGUAUUUUUAAAAAUAAAUUUUCAUAGUG